AUGGAGCAAGCCCCUCCUUCACUUCCUCAACUCUUCGGCAUAAUACCCACCGGACAACCUCCAAUCAUAACCCCCACGUCCGCUCCCUCCCCAACAUCCUUCGUCUUCACCCUCCCCGCGCGCUCCUACAACCACAUCUGCGUAUUCCUCCUCCCAGGAAUAACACUACCACACUCCACCGCCGCCGCCGUCUACAUCUCACUACCCCCUUCCCUCAAUGCCUCCACACCAGCCUCCACACCACCGUUUAAAUUCCUCGGAGGCAUUGGACCGGGAAAAGAAAGCGCCAUAUUUAAAAUAAACAGCGACACGACCCCUCAAAACAGCAAUCCAAACCCGGCGCCCGAAAUCGACAUGGACGCUGAUUCCAACCCCUCCUCACUAAAUCCCCAAGCCGAAAUAACCCUCGGUAUCUCUCUCGAAAGCGCCGACUCAGUAUCCGCGCAAAUGGCACAACUAUCCUCCUCUUCUGCUUCUCCUUCAUCAAUUAACCCCUCUAACCCCUCUACAUCUUUAAUCCUCUCCCGACCUUCACAAAACCCAAAAACAGACACGUUAGUUCUCGCGCAGCGAAUCAUAAAAAAUGCAUUUAAUUUCCUCGCGAGUUUUAGCGGGAAUGUAAUGGAUGGGGGAAAUGGGAAAGGUGUGGAAGUUGUGCCGUUGAAGGCGUUUGAGGAGUGGUGGAGGAAGUUUGAGGUGAGGGUUAGGAAUGAUCCGGGGUUUUUGGAGAGGGAUGGGGAUUAA